UAUUAAGGCCGGGGCUGGCGGUGCCCUGGGCUGCCCCCAUCCCUAGCAUGCAGUGCUCCCCGAGCCUGGCGCUCGCCCUCAGCUCCCUCCUGGGUGUCCUGGCGCUCAUGCAGCUCUACCGCAACUUCCGAACCCCGGCCAGGACAUUUAUUUACUCAUUCUUCACAAGAAGCAGACUUUUCCCACUGCAGAUACUUUUCCUGGCCAUCCUAUUCUGUUCCUAUAAUGGUUUCCUUCAAGGGUACUACAUGAUUUACUGCGCUCAGUAUCCAAACGAUUGGUUCACUGACUUCAGAUUUAUAUCAGGUGUUCUGUUGUUUUUGUUCGGCAUGGGAAUCAAUAUUCACAGUGACCUCCUGCUACGCCAGCUCAGGAAACCUGGAGACACUACUUACAAGAUUCCACAAGGGGGACUGUUCACAUACGUAUCUGGCGCUAAUUUCUUUGGUGAGAUAGUGGAAUGGUUUGGCUAUGCCAUAGCAACCUGGUCCUUUCCAGCCUUUACAUUUGCACUUUUUACACUGUGCUGCAUUGGACCACGUGCUUAUCACCAUCACAGGUUCUAUCUCAGGAUGUUUACGGACUAUCCAAAAUCAAGGAAAGCCCUGAUUCCUUUCAUAUUUUAAUGUGUGAAAAUGGGGACAUCCUUGUUUUAUAUGUUUUCACACAUCCUAAUUUUAAACUGGGGUUUCACAGUAAAAAAAACUUGUGGAAAACAAUAUGGUUGGUUUAAAUGAGCAAUAAUGUAAUUCAGAACUAUCACUCUUGUGUUUAUCUACAGUAGGUACCACAGACAUCUUUACUUGGAGACACUUGAGGUAGCUGAGGCUAUGUCUACACUGCACAUUUAUUUCAGAAUAAGCUAUUCCGGAACAGUUAUUCUGAAAUAGCUUAUUUAAAAAUAACACGUCUACAUUU